AUGAUCUCAAUGGGAUUCACCUGCAGCUAUAAAUAAAGAGCUUUUACAGCAAGAUGUGUCACAUACAGUCACAUCUUCGUGCUGGUGUUUCUCAGGAAACGUGCACUUCCGUCUUCUGUGGCCUCGAGCGACACCGUCUCGUGCUCAGCAGCCACCUGUGUAAGAAUAGGUGUAGCAACAUUAAGGCCUGGCUAUGUUCAGAACCCCCCCCCCCCCCCCCCCCAUCUAUUAAUAGGCCCCUUAUCGUCGAACAAACAGAAAGCAACUGCUGUGUUACCCAGCCCCCUGAGUGCAGAGAGGAGGGAGCUUUCAUUUUCUCACAGUGAGGCGAGGAAGUGAUUUACUUGUGCAUUCAGAAGUUCAGCAGCAGCGGAGAAGUUUGCAUUGUGAUGGAGUUUUCUGAACACAUCAAGACCGCCAACGUGGAGGAUGUUGUGCUCCGGCAGCCGCUCCAUCCACCGGGCAGAGGCACCCUGUGCAUCACCGGCCACCACCUGCUGUUUUCGGACAGGGAGGAGGGGAGCUGGCGGCAGGUUCUGCUGCUGCUCCGGAACAUCGAUGCUAUUGAGAAGAGUGUGGAAAACCUUUUGACCUGCUCCGGCCUCUUCUCUAACGCAGGUCUCAGUCAAAGGUUGGACAUAAUCGGUGUGUCUAGGUUACCUGGAUCUUCAGGGACGAUUACCAUCAAGUGUAAAGAUCUUCGUGUGCUCCAGCUUGACAUCCCGGGCAUGGAGGAGUGUCUCAACAUUGCACGCUCUAUUGAGACCCUGUCCUGUCUGGAUUCGAUGUCGGAGUUGUAUCCUUUCUUUUACAGACCCUCUAAUGCCAGCCUGCGGGACCAGUGGGGUCUCUCAUCCCUUGAAAGGCACUACAGUCAAAUGAAAGAACUUCAUGAUCGGUGGAGACUGAGCACCGUGAACAGAGACUUCUCAGUGUGUCCCUCUUACCCUCAAGCUGUUAUCGUCCCCAAGAGCACAGACGAUGACAUGCUGGAGAAGGUGGCCAAAUUCAGACAGGGAGGACGCUUCCCUGUGCUCUGCUACUACCACAAGAAGAACGGCAUGGUAAUCAUGCGAAGCAGUCAGCCUCUGACAGGAGCCAAUAGGAAGCGCUGCAGGGAAGAUGAGCAGCUCCUCCAGGCUGUGAUUGAUGGCUCAGAUAAAGGUUACAUUAUCGACACGCGCUCCAGCCAGCAGGCGUUGCAGGCCCGGAUGACAGGUGGAGGAUUGGAGUCCAAAUCGUGUUAUAGCAGCUGGAAGAGACUGCAGAGACAGAUGGAGAGGGGUAAAGCGCUGCAGGAGAGUCUGAUUAAACUGGUGGAGGCCUGCGGAGACGAGUCCAAUAAUAUGGACCGUUGGCUCAGUAAGCUUGAAAAUUCAAAGUGGCUGUCUCACGUCCAAACUGCUCUGUCAACAGCUGGCCUGCUGGCGGAGUGUGUGGAGAGGGACGGUCAUUCAGUUCUGGUGCACGGCUCUGAGGGGACAGACUCCACUUUGCUCAUCAGCACUCUGGCUCAGCUCAUCAUGGACCCGAGCUGCCGCACACUGGAGGGCUUCCUGACUCUGCUGGAGAGGGAGUGGGUACAGGCAGGUCACCCAUUCCAGCAGCGUUGUGCCCACUCGGCCCACUCCCACGCCCGCUUGCAGCAGGAGUCCCCGGUGUUCCUGCUGCUGCUGGACUGCGUGUGGCAGCUGUGGCGGCAGUUCCCCCUGGCGCUGGGCUUCUCUGAGGCGCUGCUCCUCCGGCUGGCCACCGAGGCCUACGCAUCGGACUACGGCACCUUCCUGGGUAACAACCAGCAGGAGAGGUGUGCUCUGGGAGUGAAGGAGAACACUUACUGUUUGUUCCAGGCUCUGCUGAGGCCCAGGGAGAGAGACUGCUACUCUAACCCGCUGUAUGAGCACACCGAGCUGGCAAUCUGGCCCUCAGUCCACCCUCAGUCCCUGCAGCUUUGGAGAGGCUUUUUUCUGAGGUGGACCCCACAGACUCAUCACCUAGAAGAGGCUCAGGAGGAAAUCAGGAACAUGGUCAUUGAGUGGGGGAAGCUGGCUCUCAGCAGUUGUCCUGCCAGCACAUGAAGAAGUGAAGAUGUUCAGAACAUGUAGAACAUGUUACCAAUGUGCAAUGCCUUUCGACUUGUUAUUUUUGACAACUUACCAUGUUAAAAUGUCCAGUAUUUUUAUUUUUUUCAUAAAAAAUGUAUAAUAAAA